AUUUCAGCAGCAGCGGGAAGUACCUGGCGUCGUGCGCCGACGACCGUACGGUCCGGCUGUGGAGCACCCGGGACUUCACGGCGCGGGAGCACCGCUGCCUGCGGGCCAACGUGGGGCUGGACCACGCCGAGCUGGUCCGCCUCAGCCCCGACUCACGGGCGUUCAUUGUUUGGCUGGCAAAUGGCGAGACUGUCCGUGUCUAUAAAAUGACGAAGAAGGAUGAUGGCAGCUUCACCUUCACUGCAGCUGCUGGGGACUUCCCGAAGAAGCACAAGGCUCCUGUCAUUAACAUCGGAAUUGCAGAGACAGGAAAGUUUAUCAUGACAGCUUCCAGCGACACGACCAUCCUGAUCUGGAGCCCGAAGGGGGAAGUCCUGGCCAGCAUCAACACCAACCAGAUGAACAACGCCUACGCCACGGUGUCGCCCUGCGGGAGGUUCGUGGCGUCCUGUGGCUUCACCCCCGACGUGAAGGUGUGGGAGGUGUGUUUUGGCAAGAACGGAGAAUUCCGGGAGGUGACCAGGGCUUUUGAGUUGAAAGGCCACGCCGCUGGCGUCCACGGCUUCGCCUUCUCCAACGACUCGAGGAGGUGA